UCUGUGUCUGUGUCUGAGGCUUCGCUCUAUUUGGCAUGCACCCAACAGAGUAGGCUGCUGCACUUAGAUACGUUUUGUUUUUUGCUGUAAGUUUUUUAUUAAUCGGUUAGAUUGUUGAUUGCGCAAUUAGAAAUAUUGGAAGAUUUUCGGGCGAAAUGAAUAUGACGAACUGGCUCCUGGUUGUGGCACUGAUGCUGUGUCAACAGACAGUGCCCAGCGCCAGUUGGCAGGCGCGCUUCGAGCCCGAGCUGCUGCAGCUGGAAAUGGAGCGCAGCGGCGAGGUGCAGCUAACACUGUCCGACAUAGCUGAUGCACUGCAACAGACGGGCCGCUACAGUUUCCGUCUGCAGAGCGCCGCCGAGCAGCUGGCCAGCGUGGCGUCCGAGAAUGCCAGCAUACCCAUGGAGCUGGUGUCGCACAAUGGCUGGCAAGGACGCAUUCGCGUGGAUGCCCACUUUCUGGGCGAGGCAAAGAUCACGGUGCGGCUGUACGAUGCGGCCAGCAAUACCAGCUCGCCGCCACAGAAUGCCGGCAGCAAUGCGAGCUCGUUGCUGGUGAAGGUGGUGCGACCGGAACGCGUCAUCGAUCAUGUCUUCGUGGGCUCCAUAAUACUGCUGAUGUCGCUGCUGUACAUUAACUUUGGCGCUGCGCUCAAUGUGGAUGUGCUGCAGGGCAUCAUAACGCGUCCGGUUGGACCGUGCAUCGGCUUUGUCACCCAGGUGCUGGGCAUGCCGCUGCUCAGCUAUGCGCUGGGCGUGUUCAUCUUUCCCGGCUCACCGGCCAUGCAGCUGGGCCUGUUCUUUACGGGCAUUGCACCGAGCGGUGGCGCCUCCAACACCUGGUCAGCGGUGCUCGGCGGCAACAUUAAUCUGUCCGUGCUAAUGACAACGGUUAGCAAUGUGGCCGCCUUUGCCACCCUGCCGUUGUGGAUAUUUACGCUGGGUCAGCUGAUCUUCGAGCGGGCGGGCAUGGAGGUGCCGUACGGCAAGAUCGCCAGCUACUGCGCCAGCCUGAUUGUGCCCCUGCUCAUCGGUUUGGCCAUACAACGUUGGCUGCCACGCUUGGCGCAAGUGCUGGUACGCCUCCUGAAGCCGAUCUCCGCGUGCCUAAUACUCUUCAUCAUUAUCUUUGCGAUCGUCACCAACUUUUAUCUAUUCCAGCUGUUCUCGUGGCAGAUUGCCGUUGCCGGCCUGGCUCUGCCCGGAUUGGGCUAUGCGGUCGCCUGGCUGGCGUCCAAGCUGUUGCACCAAAACGCUGUCGAUGCCCUGACCAUUGCCAUCGAGACGGGCAUACAGAAUACGGGCAUUGCCAUAUUCUUUUUGCGCACCACCCUGCCACAGCCGCAGGCGGAUCUGACCACAGUGGUGCCCGUGUCGGUGGCCAUCAUGACGCCGCUGCCUCUGCUGGGCAUUUAUUUAUAUCAGCGCUGUUGUCGUCGCAAGGCUGUCGAGCCCAGCGCUGGCGAGCAUCAGCGCAUUGUCUGAAAGCAAGUGAGAGUGCUCUGGUCGGGAGUGUCCGACUAGAAGAUACCCUGAACCUAAAUCUCCCAGAAACAAGCUAAUGCUUUAGCCAACAAAUAUACUUUUUUUUUCUCCCCUA